AUGUCGUCUGUAGAAGAACUGACUCAGCUGUUUUCACAAGUUGGGUUCGAAGAUAACAAGGUCAAGGAGAUUGUCAAGAAUAAAAAGGUUUCCGAUUCACUUUACAAAUUGAUUAAGGAAACACCUUCGGAUUAUCAAUGGAACAAAUCUACCAGAGCGCUAGUACAUAACUUAGCAUCUUUUGUCAAAGGUGCAAAUCUUCCCAGGUCCGAAUUGAUCGUUAGCGGUAUCAUUAACGGUGACUUGAAGACAUCUUUGCAAGUAAAUGCAGCAUUUAAAUAUGUAAAGGCUAAUGGCGACGCAUCUACCAAAGAGGGCAUGAAUGAAAACUCUGGAGUUGGUAUUGAGAUUACUGAGGAUCAGGUUAGAAAUUAUGUCAUGCAAUACAUUCAAGAAAACAAAGAAAAAAUUUUGAAAGAACGUUAUAAACUAGUACCAGGUAUUUUUGCGGAUGUUAAGAAUUUAAAGGAGCUUAAGUGGGCUGAUCCACGCAGUUUCAAGCCAAUCAUCGAUCAAGAAGUCUUAAAGCUUUUGGGUCCAAAGGAUGAGAGAGACUUAAUCAAGAAGAAGACCAAGAAUAAUGAAAAGAAGAAGACUAAUUCUACCAAGAAGAGCUCCGAUACUUCUACAGCAUCCGGUCCAAAGAGGACUAUGUUCAAUGAAGGUUUCCUAGGUGAUUUGCAUAAAGUGGGUGAGAAUCCACAAGCUUACCCAGAGUUAAUGAAGAAGCACCUCGACGUCACUGAUGGUAGAGUUCGUACAAGGUUCCCUCCAGAGCCCAAUGGUUAUUUGCAUAUCGGCCAUUCUAAGGCUAUCAUGGUUAAUUUUGGCUAUGCUAAAUAUCACAAUGGUACCUGUUAUUUAAGAUUUGACGACACUAACCCCGAAAAGGAAGCUCCUGAAUAUUUUGAAUCAAUUAAGAGAAUGGUCACUUGGUUAGGCUUUAAACCAUGGAAAAUAACUUAUUCAAGUGAUUAUUUUGAUGAGCUAUACGGCCUGGCAGAAGUUUUGAUUAAAAACGGUAAAGGCUACGUUUGUCAUUGCUCUGCCGAAGAAAUUAAAAGAGGCCGUGGUAUCAAAGAAGAUGGUACUCCAGGGGGUGAGAGGUUUGCUUGUGAGCAUCGUGAUCAGUCAAUAGAACUAAAUUUGCAAGAGUUUAGAGAUAUGAGAGAUGGCAAGUACAAACCUGGUGAGGCCAUCUUAAGAAUGAAACAAGAUCUAAAUUCACCAAGCCCACAAAUGUGGGAUUUGAUUGCCUAUAGAGUUUUAAAUGCUCCACAUCCAAGAACAGGUACUAAGUGGAGAAUUUAUCCCACUUACGAUUUUACACAUUGUUUGGUCGAUUCUAUGGAAAACAUUACACAUUCUCUAUGUACCACUGAAUUUUACCUAUCUAGAGAAAGUUACGAAUGGUUAUGUGAUCAGGUUCAUGUGUUCAGGCCUGCUCAAAGAGAAUAUGGUCGUUUGAAUAUCACCGGUACAGUUUUAUCCAAAAGAAAAAUUGCUCAAUUGGUGGAUGAGGAAUUCGUAAGAGGCUGGGACGAUCCAAGAUUAUUCACCCUUGAAGCUAUUCGCAGACGUGGUGUUCCCCCUGGUGCCAUCCUAUCUUUCAUUAACACAUUAGGUGUUACAACAAGUACUACAAAUAUUCAAGUUGUUAGAUUUGAGAGCGCUGUUAGAAAGUACUUAGAAGAUACUACGCCAAGGUUAAUGUUUGUGUUGGAUCCUAUUGAAGUUGUUGUGGAUAACUUAUCUGACGAUUAUGAAGAGUUGGCAACUAUUCCUUUCAGACCUGGUACUCCGGGAUUUGGGGAAAGAACUGUGCCAUUCACAAACAGAUUCUAUAUAGAAAGGUCGGAUUUCUCAGAAAAUGUUGAUGAUAAGGAAUUUUUCAGAUUAACUCCAAACCAACCAGUCGGUUUAAUUAAAGUCUCACACACGGUUUCUUUCAAAAGUUUGGAAAAAGAUGAAGCUGGUAAAAUCGUAAGAAUUCAUGUCAACUAUGAUAACAAGGUUGAAGAAGGUUCGAAACCAAAGAAGCCAAAAACUUAUAUUCAAUGGGUUCCGAUUUCUUCUAAAUACAAUUCUCCGUUGAGAGUUGCUGAAACUAGAGUUUACAACCAAUUGUUCAAGUCCGAAAAUCCAUCUUCUCAUCCGGAAGGCUUCUUGAAGGACAUUAACCCAGAAAGUGAAGUCAUUUAUAAAGAAUCUGUUAUGGAACACAACUUCGGGCACGUUGUCAAGAACAGUCCAUGGGUCGUUGAUUCUGUCAAAAACUCAGAAUUUUAUGUUGAAGAAGAUAAGGAUUCUAAAGAAGUUUGUAGAUUCCAAGCUAUGAGAGUAGGUUAUUUCACUUUGGAUAAGGAGAGUACGGCUUCUAAGGUUAUCUUGAAUAGAAUAGUUAGUUUGAAGGAUGCUACUUCUAAAUGA